ACACAUUAAAAUUAUAUGAAAUAUUCGAAUUUGUACAGAAUCAUUAUGUGGAAGAUAAUAAUGUUGUGCGCGAUUGUGGGCCUGACGGUUGGCCAGAAGGCUCUUUACGACAAUUACAAGGUCUUCAGAAUGAUCCCGACCACAAAGACGCAACUCGAAAUUCUGCACGAAAUGGAAAAUGAUGGAGCUUUCUCUUUCUGGGAUUCUCCAAGUAUCGUGAACAAACACGUGGACUUGAUGGUCGCCCCGCACAAGUUGCCUGAAUUCUAUGAGAAGAUGGCAGAAAUCCGUAUACCCUAUCAAAUGCACAUCGACGAUGUCCAGAAGUUGAUUGAUGAAACAACUCCUAAGACUCAGACUCGGUCAAAAUCGUUUGAUUUCAUCAGUUAUCACACUCUCGACGAUAUCUACAAGAAUCUAGAUGACCUGGCCGAGCAGUAUCCCGACAAAGUGCAGACUGUCGUGGCUGGCAAAACGUAUGAAGGACGCGAGAUCAAAGGUGUCAAGGUUUCGUUUAAAGCCGACAACCAUGGAAUUUUCAUCGAGGGUGGCAUUCACGCCAGGGAAUGGAUCUCGCCAGCAACCACCAUGUACAUCCUACAUCAAUUGCUAACCAGUAACGAUACAGACGUCAGAGCUCUAGCUGAGAGUCACGAUUGGUACAUCUUCCCUUCGUUCAAUCCUGAUGGAUAUGUGUACACGCAUACUACGAAUCGACUCUGGAGGAAAACGCGUAAGCCAUACGGUCUCUUCUGCAAGGGCAGCGAUCCCAACAGAAACUGGGGCUAUAGAUGGAACACUGGAGGUUCCAGCAAUAACCCGUGUUCUGAAACUUUUGCCGGGAGUGCACCCUUCUCCUGCAUAGAAACAAAGAGCGUAUCUGAAUAUAUCAAGUCUAUUUCUGAUAGAUGUUACGCUUAUAUAUCAUUCCACAGCUAUUCGCAAUUAUUGUUGUUCCCAUAUGGUCACACGAGGGAUCAUCUUGAAAACUACGACGAUUUGUACGCCAUCGGUAAAAAAUCGAUUACAGCUCUCAAACAGAGAUACGGAACUUCGUAUAAAACCGGAAAUAUUGCUGAGACAAUCUACACAGCUACUGGAAGUAGUAUGGAUUAUGUCAAAGGCACUUUUGGUACACCUAUCACCUACACUUACGAGUUGCGUGAUACAGGUCGUUACGGCUUUUUGUUACCCCCUGCGCAGAUUAUCCCAACUGGAGAAGAGACUAUGGACUCACUCGUAGCAAUGUUUAAAGAGGCAAAUGCGCGUGGAUAUUAAAAUAUUUAAAGUAAUUGACGUAAUUAAUUUAUUGUAAAUACUUUAUUAUUUCGAUGUAUAAGAUUUCUAGUGGAAAAAUUUCGCAGAAAUUUUAGAAUAAUAAAAUUAAUUAAUCCAGU